CUUCCCAACUUAAGUUGGUUAAUCAAAUAUAAUGUUUACCAAGCUAUUGUUAGGGUUAAUUUUGUGUUGGGGUGUGUCGAGUUUCCCUGACGGGGCUCCGAUCGACACGUGUGUAAAGAACCGUGCUAACCAGCCUAAUCACGGACAACAUAGGACUCAACCCUUGUCCAGUCUACCGUACAGGGUGCUCGCAUCGGCGCUGGUUUACGGCCCAAAUACUCCGGUCACAGUGACAAUAGAAGGAUCAGAGCCAUUCAAAGGAUUCUUCAUUCAAGCGCGUUCAGUGGAGCACGACAACUGGAUAGGGGCGUGGGAACCGGCUCCGAACACGACCAUACAUCCAGAAUGUUCGUCCAUCACACACGGUGACCCUGAGUUCAAGACGAGGGCUACUCUGUUAUGGAGAGCACCCCCUGAUGCACAUGGAAGGGUGUAUUUCACCGGCACUGUACUGAAGAACUACGGUACUUUCUGGUCCAACCUCAUCGCUGAAGCACCACAAGACCCAUCACAACUCCAGAUACUUGGGUGAAAGGAAUGUCAACUCUAUGCUUUUGGUGACAAUGUCGAAAUUGCUUCCAAAAGUGGUUGCUUUAAACGUUGUA